AUGAGACAAAGAAGCUGCGGGGAGGAGGGCAAAGUUGCCAAAAAAGUUCCAAAUUGUCCCAAUGAGGCCACCAACAAGAAAGCUCCAAGAAUUUGGAAUGAUUCGCCGCUUUCACAAAAAGAGUUGGAUUUUUCUACUGAUCAUGAUCCUGUGAAUGAAAAUGUUGCCGCUUUCGAUAUGGAUCAUGGCGGCGAGAGUAUGAUGGACGAGGAGGAAAUUGAAGCAGAGGAAACAAAGAAGGAUUCUAAGACUACUGAGACAAAGAAGAAGGGGUGGUUUUCAACCAUGUUUAACUGUGUCGUUCGAAAGGCGAGUCUAGAAAAGGCUGAUCUUGAACCUGCUUUGAAGGCUCUAAAAGAUAAGUUCAAUUCAUAG